AUGAUCAGAACCGGUGUAGAUUCCGGAACUGUUCCAAAAACCGCACUCCUUGAUAUGUAUUCAAGGCACGGCUCAUUGGAUGAUUCCCUUAAGGUGUUUGACGAAAUGCUUCACAGGGAUGUAGUUGCUUGGAAUGCUUUGUUGUCGUGCUUUUUGCGAUGCGGGCAACCUCACGAGGCGAUUGGUGUUCUAAGGGAAAUGGGGAGAGAGAAUGUUGAGCUUAGUGAGUUUACAUUGUGUUCUGUUUUGAAGUCGUGUGCUUCUUUGAAGGCUUUGGAACUUGGUAGAUGGUGUUACAGUAGACAGGUUCAUGGAUUGGUGGUUUCGUUGGGGCGUGAUUUGGUUGUUUUGAGUACUGCUCUCAUUGAUUUUUAUUGUAGUGUUGGGUGUGUUAAUCAUGCUUUGAAUGUGUUUUAUAGUUUGAAUGGUUGGAAAGAUGAUAUGAUGCAUAAUUCGUUGGUUUCUGGGUGUAUUAGAAAUGGGAGAUAUGGGGAGGCGUUUAAAGUUAUGAGCUUGGUGAAGCCCAAUGUUGUUGCAUUCACUAGUGUUCUGGUUAGUUGCUCUGAGAAAUUGGAUUUGGUUACAGGGAAACAAGUGCAUUGUGUUGCGGUUCGUAGGGGUUUUACUUUUGAUACCCAAUUAUGUAAUGUACUGUUGGACAUGUAUGCAAAAUGUGGGAAGAUUUCACUUGCCCGCUCAGUGUUUGAUGGAAUUCGUCGAAAGGAUCUUGUGAUCAUUCUGGGAUGGUGGAGGAAGGAAAAAAAAUGUUUCAAUAUGAUGAGAGAGAAAUAUGGCAUUGACCCAGAACCGGAACACUAUGCAUGCUUCAUAGAUGUCUUAGGCCGAGCCGAUAAUAUAGAAGAAGUAUGGUCUGCUUAUCAAAAUAUGAUUAAGCAGGGUACUAAACCUACUGCAGGAGUAUGGAUAGCGGUGUUGAAUGCUUGCAGUCUCAGUCAAGAUUUUGAAAGAGGCGAGUUUGCCGCAAAGCAUCUUUUGUUGUUGGAUCCCGACAAAGCUAGCAAUAUUGUGCUUGUAUCAAACUUUUAUGCAGCCAUUGGUAGGUGGGAUUGUGUUGAUGAACUGAGAAGCAUAAUGAGGACAAAAGGGUUGGUCAAGGAAGCUGGGAAUAGCUGGAUCGGCGAGGGCUUCAAUGGACAUGCUAGGUCACUAUCUACUUGA